AUGAUAAAAAGUUUACUUGGUGAUUUAUCAGGGAGAUUAAUAGGAAAAAGAGUGAUUAAAAAUGAAAAUGAAGUGGAUCAGGAAACAGUGAGGCAAAUCAAGGCGGAUGGAACCAGGACACUGGCGAAUGAUUACGAAGGAGUGGAAAUGGACAGACUGGUUGAGUUGUUGAUGAAAUACGCUAAUCAUAAUACAAAUGUUAAGUAUUGUCAGGGGAUGAGUGACAUUGCAGCAAAUGUUCUAAAGGUUUUUGGGGUAGAAAACGAUCAGACCUGUUUUGAGGUGUUUUCGAGGCUGAUUGAACUGGAAAUGAGUAGUGGAGAUGUAGAUGAGACUGGAUCGAUAUUCGAUACCAGGUUGUCACAGAUGAAGAGUGUCAUGGUUAAACAGAAGAUAUUGAUCAGGAAAUUGGAUGGUAAUUUGUAUAGAAUUCUUUAUACGAAUGAGACAAAUCCAGUGGGAUUCGUUGCAUUCAAGUGGAUGUUGACCUAUUUCACCAGAUUCAAUGGCCUAAGAGACCGUAUUUGGGAGUACCUAAUUUUCUAUGGGUUUGAUAUUCUGUACUAUUUUACAGUUGCAAUACUAAAAUACCACGAGGUGGAGAUAAAGCAGGCAGAUGAGGAGAGUCUACUUCUCUUUCUUGGUGACAUUGAAUCAAAAUACAUCGAACCAAACACAGUGGUGAACAUUGUUGAGGAAUAUAUGAGACACGUUUGA